GUGUCUAACUCUUCAAGUCUAGCUCGUCUUCUCUUAUACCCACACAGCAACGUUUAAACUUUUUCUUUUAUAUAGAAAAGACCAAAUCCAAUUGCAGUCUAGUACUAUAUUUGGUAUCUUUAAUAACGUGUAAUUACGUCAUGAUGAAAUUCAUAUAUUCUCCAAGGUUGAAUCAACCCCUCCAGUACCUAAGACACAAACGCGCCAAUGGGAAUGUUCAAUCACUAUCAAUCCAUCUCUAGCGGUUGACGAGUCCUAUAUACCUUGAAGGGAGCGCUAGGUACCUUUGAAUGUAAUCACCACGCUUAGUUUAUUCGGCUGAUGAACCGAUUCGCCUACCGCCCAAUCAUCUCAUCACCGCGACUCGUACGACUUACCGAUCGCCUUGCUUGCGAACUACUCACCUACCGCGCAAUGGCAACGUCGUCAUCCCCUCUAGGCCCGGCGCCCUGGAGACAGCUCUUCCUAGAACAUGUCCAGGCGAUGGCAUCGCCGGAAUUCACUCUAAGCACAGUCCGGAAAACCUCUUCCCCGUCUGGCACCGUCUACUCACCGCGUGCUCGCACGUGCGUCUUCCGCGGCUUGUUCGCGGGGUUACCGGCGAAUCCUAAGAACGACGCCGAGCUGAACCCGGACGUCUACGAGACGGACUUCCCGACGUUCACGACGGACUGCCGGAUGGACAAGAUGGCGGAGCUCUUCGGCGUGGGGGAGACUAGCGGGAAGCUCCGGGGCUCGGGGGGCGGCGCGCCUGUUGAGGCUGUCUUCUGGGUUAGGGAGACGGGUACUCAGUGGCGCGUCCGCGGGAAGGCGUAUGUCCUCGCCCCGGACGUCGAGGACUCGUCUGAGGGGAAACAUGUCAUAUCUUUGCUGGCAGCGCGGAUGCGACGUAAGGGCGCUGGCAAGGAAUGGAGUUUUAGCAGGGAAAUCACGGCGCACUUUGGCAAUCUGGGUCCCCUGAUGAGAGGGUCGUUCCGGAACCCGCCUUCUGGCACGCCGGUGGCGCUGCCGGUGGAAGACGAUAGGUUGAAGUUGGGGCAGAAGGUGACGGAUCUUAAUGACGAGGUGGCGAGGGCGAAUUUCAGAGUCGUGGUUAUUGUGCCGGAGGGUAUCGACCGCACGGAUCUGAACGAUCCGGAGCGUGGCCGUAGGUGGUUGUAUACGUUUGUUGGAAGUAAGUCGGAGCCUACGGCGCCGGGAGGGUUGGUGGAAGAUGGGUGGGAGAUGGUUGAGGUUUGGCCUUAGCCGGUGCGGGAGGAAGAGACUAAGUCCAUGACGGCUACGUAUGUAGAAGAGGUCCUCGGUUGUAUGGAAACCCUUAUCAUGAAAUAUCUAUCUGGUUACCUUGUUGGUCACCUCGACUGGUGAGGAAGGGUCAUGGACCCUACGUACGGUAUAGUGGUGUAUAUGCAUAGCUCCGUCUUAUCGAGGUUCUUCUACAUACUACCUCUUACUUACGGGCAUUAUCGUAUGUACAUACAUACCUAACACACCUACAUACAUGUGUGUGUAAGAGUCUUGGC